AUGGGUAAAAGUAGUAAAGAUAAAAGAGAUUUAUAUUAUAGAAAGGCUAAAGAACAAGGGUACCGUGCUAGGUCUGCCUUUAAAUUGUUACAGUUGAAUGAACAAUUCCAUUUUUUAGAUGAUCCAAAUUUGAAAAGAGUAGUUGAUUUAUGUGCUGCUCCGGGUUCCUGGUCACAAGUUCUUUCAAGAAAGCUAUUUACAGAAGACCCUGAUAAAGAGAAUACUAAAGAUAAGAAAAUUAUUGCUGUUGAUUUGCAACCUAUGUCACCAAUCGACAAUGUUAUUACUUUACAAGCAGAUAUUACCCAUCCAAAGACUUUAGCUAAAAUUUUAGAAUUAUUUGGGAAUGAAAAAGCUGAUUUUGUCUGUAGUGAUGGUGCUCCAGAUGUGACUGGUUUACAUGACCUAGAUGAAUAUGUUCAGCAACAACUUAUCAUGAGUGCAUUGCAAUUAACUACCUGUAUCUUAAAGACUGGUGGUACGUUUAUUGCUAAGAUUUUUAGAGGUAGAGAUAUCGACUUAUUAUAUUCACAGUUAGGUUUUUUAUUUAAAAGAGUCAUCUGUGCAAAACCAAGAUCAUCAAGGGGUACAUCGUUAGAAGCUUUCAUUGUCUGUAUGGAUUAUUCUCCUCCAAAAAAUUGGUUCCCAGAACUAGAUGUUAAUAAAUCAGUAACUGAAUUUUUUGAAGGAUGUAUGGUUACAAAGGAUGAAUCAUCAAACGAUAUCCUACCUGCAUGGGUUGAAGAAGACAGAGUUAUAGCAGAAUUCAUGUCAUGUGGUGGGUUAGAUAGUUACGAUUCUGAUGCUACUUAUCACAUAGAUGAUGACUUGUCAUCAAAUAUAGCAAAGAUUUCAUUAGACCCGGUACAGAUGCCAACCAAUCCACCAUAUAAGAAAGCAUUGGAACUGAAAAGAAGUGGUAAACUUACUCGUGCAAUUUAA